AUGCCGUACACACCGUCGGGCUUUUUCUGCGACCGGCUGAUCCGGGAGCGAGAGCGCAGAGACGGGGAAGGGUCUCUGAACAAACCCCUGCGCUUCAACGGACAGGACUUCAGCGUCCUGCGCCAGGAAUGUCUGCAGAAGAAGAAUCUGUUCGAGGAUGAGUCUUUCCCCGCCACCGUGGAGUCUCUGGGCUUCAAGGAGCUGGGGCACAAGUCCAACAAGGUCAAGAACAUCGUCUGGAAGAGGCCCAAGGAGAUCUGUGAGAACCCUCAGUUCAUCGUUGGAGGAGCCAGCAGGACAGACAUCUGCCAGGGAGAUCUGGGUGACUGCUGGCUGCUGGCGGCCAUCGCCUGCCUGACGCUUUACGAGAAGCUUCUCUACCGAGUGGUUCCUCACGAGCAGAGCUUCUCUGACGGAUAUGGAGGCAUCUUCCACUUCCAGUUCUGGCGUUAUGGGGACUGGGUGGACGUGGUUAUCGACGACCGCAUCCCGACCUUCAACAACCAGCUGGUCUUCACUAAGUCAGCUGAGAGGAACGAGUUCUGGAGCGCGCUGCUGGAGAAGGCCUACGCCAAGCUGCACGGCUCCUACGAGGCUCUGAAGGGAGGAAACACCACGGAGGCCAUGGAGGAUUUCACCGGGGGGGUCACUGAGUUCUACGAGAUGAAGGAGGCGCCCAAGGAGCUCUACAAGAUCAUGAAGAAAGCUCUGGAGAGGGGCUCGCUCAUGGGCUGCUCCAUCGACUCGCUGGUUCCUGCCCGCUUUGAGACUCGUACGGUGACGGGACUCGUGAAGGGCCACGCCUACUCUGUGACCGCCGUGGAGGAGUGCAAGCCGUCUCAGCUAAAAGAGUCUAAGGUGCGUCUGGUGCGUCUCAGGAACCCCUGGGGACAGGUGGAGUGGAACGGACCCUGGAGCGACAACUCUAAGGAGUGGACGACGCUCUCUAAGACGGAGAAAGAGAAGCUGCAGCAUCAGAGCGCAGAGGACGGAGAGUUCUGGAUGUCUUUCGAGGACUUCAAGAAGAACUACACUAAGAUCGAGAUUUGUAACCUGACCCCGGACGCUCUGGAGGACGAUAAGAUCCACAAGUGGACGGUGUCGGUGAACGAGGGCCGCUGGGUGAGGGGCUGCUCGGCCGGGGGCUGCAGGAACUACCCAGACACGUUCUGGACGAACCCCCAGUACCGCCUGCGGAUGCUGGAGGAGGACGACGACCCCGAGGACAACGAGGUGGGCUGCACCUUCGUGGUGGCGCUGAUGCAGAAGAACCGGCGGAAAGAGAGGAAGAUGGGAGCCAACCUGUUCACCAUCGGGUUCGCCAUCUACGAGGUGCCAAAGGAGAUGCACGGCAACAAGCAGCACAUGCAGAAGGACUUCUUCCUGCUGACCUCCUCCAAGGCGCGCUGUAAAUCCUACAUCAACCUGCGGGAGGUGACUCAGCGUUUCCGGCCUGAGCCCGGGGGAAAUACGUUGAUCGUUCCCUCGACCUACGAGCCCCACCAGGAGGGCGAGUUCAUCCUGAGGGUCUUCAGCGAGAAGAAGAACACCUCAGAGGAGAUAGAGAACAGGAUCGAGGCCGACCACCCCGUGCCGGCCCCAGCCUCAGCGGGUGAGGAGAGCGAGGAGGACCAGCAGUUCAGGACCAUCUUUCAGGAGAUCGCCGGGGAUGAGAGAGAAAUCUCCGCCAGCGAGCUGAAGAACGUCCUCAACAGAGUCAUCACCAGAUCGUGAGACCUGAACACGGAGGGCUUCAGUCUGGAGAGCUGCAGGAGCAUGAUAGCUCUGAUGGACAUGGACGGGACAGGAAGACUCAACCUGCAGGAGUUCAGACAUCUGUGGAACAAAAUCAAACAGUGGCAGGGAAUCUUUAAGCACUAUAACGCCGAUCAGUUCGGCAGCAUCAACAGUUACGAGAUGAGGAACGCUGUCAACGAUGCAGGCUUCCGUCUCAACAACCAGCUGUAUGACAUCAUCACCAUGCGCUACGCCAACGAGAACAUGAACAUCGACUUCGACAGUUUCAUCAGCUGUCUGGUGCGACUCGAGGCCAUGUUCAGGGCGUUCCAGGCCUUCGAUCAGGACGGAGACGGUACCAUUAGACUCAGUGUCCUGGAGUGGCUCCAGCUGACCAUGUACGCCUGAAGAGGCUCCUCCUCCUCCAGGUGAGAUCCACGAGGACCAGACCUGCCGCCUUUACCUCAAACUCAGUGUGCCGUCGUUAGCUCUCAUCAUCCUCACCUUCAGACCGAACCCCCCCCCCCAAAUCUGCUCUUCCUCUCCAGAAAUGUCCACCAUGCUUCACUCUUCAUAGCGCCUCUGUGUAGGUCUCAGAACCUUUAUUUCUCUAAAUCCUGUCAAUCAGUCUCUCCUUUUCAGCCAUCUUUAUUUUAUUUAAAAAGCAACACUUGUUCAGUAUUCUCUCUCAGGCAUCAGACACACACAACCUCUUUUCUCUGUCACAGUGACUCCUACUUCUUCUACUGUUUUAAAAUGAGUAGCAUACUUCCUGUAUUCAUUCACGGCUCUCUGGUGGACGGUGAAUAAACACUCAAAUCACUCCGAAAAACUGUUAUAUUUCUGGGGAAUAAAACACUCACAACACCCUGUUUUCAUCCCAUUGCAUCCCACGUGUUUUUGUGGAUACAUUCUCAAGAAUCGUCACAUUGGAUGGACAAACUCAGGCUCUUUUUGUUCAUCUCAGCUCCAGAAAACAGGACAUAUAAACCCCCCCUUAUCAUGAUUAAAUGUGGAGCUGAUGAUUUUUCAUUAAAGGUUAAAAUAUGGAUUUGAAAGCGUAUGGCUAAAGGGUUGGACUGCUGCUUUUUUGUGAUUUUUUUUCCUUAUUAUUAAGGCUUUGGUCAAAUGAGUGUACUGCAUUUUUAACCAUUUUAA